AGAUUUCUCAUACGCAUAAGAAAGAAAAGGAUCUCUUGUAUGAAAAUUGCAUGUUGCAGGAAGAAAUUGCCUUGCUGAGACUGGAAAUAGAUACAAUAACAAAUCAGAAUCAGCAAAAGGAGAAGAAAUAUUUUGAGGACAUUGAAGUUGUGAAAGAAAAUAAUGAUAACCUUCAAAAAAUUAUUAAACUAAAUGAGGAAACAUUAACAAAAACAAUAGUUCAGUACAGUGGACAACUGAACGAUUUGGCAGCUGAGAACAAAAUACUCAAUUCUGAACUGGAGAAUGAAAAACAAAACCAAGAAAGACUGGAAAUAGAAAUGGAAUCAUACCAUUGUAGACUGGCUGCUGCCCUUCGUGAUUGUGAUCAAAGUCAGACACAAAGAGACCUAAACCUUCAUUUCCAGAGAAUAAGACAAGAGUGGAUUGAUUUACAGGACAAAAUGAAGGCUGAUAUGUCUGACCACCUACAAGCUACGAAUGAGAUUCUUUCUGAAAAACUUUCUAAUGUUGAAAAUAAAAUCAACAGCCUACAGAUUCAGCUCCAUAACACAACAGAUGCUGUUGAAGAAAAGAAUUUGACUUUGGAAGGUGUGCGAAGAGACCUCAGCCAAACACAGUGUCAGAAGAAAGAAAUUGAACAAAUGUACCAAACUGAACAAAGCAAACUGAAGAAAUCCAUUGCAAAGCAGGAAUCUGUAGAGGAGAGAUUAUUUCAACUACAAAAUGAAAAUACAUUGCUUCGACAGCAACUGGAUGAUGCUCACAAGAAAGUGAACAGACAAGAAAAGACAAUCAGUACUCUCCAUGACCAGUUUCAGGCUGUUGCCAGAAAUCUUCGAGCUGAGAGUGAAAAGCAGAGUCUUCCACUACAAGAGAAGAGCAAGGAAUUGCUGGAUAAAUGUAAUUAUUUUAAAAAAAGCAUGGAUCAAUGUGAGAAAGAGAAACCAGGAAGAAAAGUAGUUAUGAGACAACUCCAACUAGAAUGGACUGAUCCCCUAAAACAACAACCAACAGCAGAGGCUGCAUCAUUUAAUUUAGAUGAGACACAGGAUUCAAAGAAGAAAUCGGGUCAAAUCAGCAGUGAAGUAUGUAUGAAACCUAACAUGUCUACAGUUAAUCUAUAGGUGGUGAAAUAGUGUCAAAUGUUUUAGGAUACUAACUGAAGUGGAUAGCUUUCUUUUGUAUUUUUAUCAUAAUUUGUUUUAUAAUUUUAUUAUCUUUAUAAUGCACUUGUUUCUUAAUCUCUGGCUUUCAUUCUCUCCUUUUCUCCUGAUAAGUACAUACAUUUUUAAAAUAAGGAUCAUUUCCAAAGAUCCUUAGGAAAGUUGGGAAUUAUUAGUAUUCCUCACAGAAGUUGAGAGGCUUUUUUUUUUUUCUGUGAAGUAUUUUUUAGUGAUUUCUCUAUUGCCAUGGUUAGGCAAGCCAGAUUAAAUCAUAGGAUAAUGUUUAACAGAAUGUUUCAGAAAUUGUCUUAUUUCUUAUCUUUACUUUUGUGAAUGGGUACAGAAUCUGUGUAUAUUUAUUUCAUGAAUUUCAGGAUAACUUGUACAGAAAGGCCACAGUACUGUUCUCCAAAAUGCAAAUAUUUUAAUUUAAAAACUAUUUGAAAUGUUAGGCACUUCCUUCAUUUUCCUUUCAUUUUAAAUAUAUUGUGCUUUUUUACAAAUCACCUAUAGUAUGUACAUCCAAAGUAGAGAAUUCAGAGAUGUAUCUAGAUCCUACCACUGAAUUUUUUAAAAAAACUUUACUGAGACAAAAUUCUUAUACCACACAGUUUACCCAUUGAACGUGUACAAAUUCAUAGUCUCUUAGUAUAGUCACAGAGUUGCAUAACCAUCGCCAUCAUCAAUUGUAGGACACUUUCAUGACCCUGAAAAGAACCAGCAAUCUAUUUUGUUUCCAUAGAUUAGCCCAUUCUGGGCACCGCAUAUCAACUGGAUCACACCAUAUGUGGUGGUCUUUUGCGACUGGCUUCGUCUACUUAGCGUAACAUUUUAAAGGUUCGUUGUGUUGUAACGUGUAUCAGUACUUAAUUUCAUCUUUCUGCUGAGUAUUGUUCCACUGUAUGGACAUGCCACUCAUUUUAUUUAGCCAUUUAUCAGUUGAUGGACCUUUGGGUUGUUGCCAUGUUUUGGCUAUUAAUCAUGCUGCUGUGAACUUUUCUGUACAAGUUUUUGUGUUUGCGUAUGUGUUCUUCUCUUGGGUAUAUACUUAGGAGUUGAAUUUCUGGGUCAUACAGUAACUCUAUGCUUAAGCUUUUGAGGAGCUGACAGUCUGCUUUUCAAAGUGGUUGCGCCAUUUUACAUUCUCAUCAGCAUUGUAUGAGGGUUCUAACUUCUCCACAUCUUUGCCAACAUUUUUCAUAUUUUUGAUUGAAAAAGGAUUCCAACCCAGAGGUAUAAAGUGGUAUCAUGUCAUUGUGGUUCUGAUUCACAUUUCCCUAUUGAUGAAUGACUUUAAGCCUUUUUUUAUGUGCUUAUGAGCCAUUUGUAUACCUUCUUUGGGAAAUGUCUAUUCAAAUCAUUUGCCCACUCUAAAAUUGGGUUAUCUUAAAUUUCUGAAUUUUAAGAGCUCUUUAUAUACUCUAGGUGUAAGUCCCUUAUCAGAUAUAUUGUUUCCAAAUAUUUUCAAUGGCUUUCCUUUUUACUUUCU